UCCUCCGCGCCCACCAUCUCGAGGUUCCUGGGCUGUAAGGCCAGCAGGGACAGAGACUAUGAGGCAAGCAGCCCACCGACCCAGGCCUCCUUAGGAUCAGCCCCGCCGCCCAGCAAGCCAGCGAGCUAGAGAGCAGCAGCGGAGAGAACAGCAGGAGAUAAAGGACCACAGCGGACCAUUGGGGAUCUCCCCCAGCAGCUCCUGCGGACCCUAGCCAGGCUGAGGGGUCGUGAUGGAUGACCAGACUCACAGACGCUGAUGGACACACAAUGACACCGACGCACACACAGCUGCACAACACAGAUGCUCAGAUACAACCAAUGACAGCAUCACACACUGCCACCGCCCUGCAAUACAGACCCCACACACACCACAUAGAGAAACAACUGGUAACUCUGAAACAGGCACAGACAGUGACACACAGAACCACUACGCCCCCACCCCAGCACACACAAGUGGAGGCACUCAUCCUCCAAACACAUACAUAAGACAGUGCUGACCUGCACACACAGACCUGGAAACACACGCACACCCUCGUCCAGGCGCUGCUGUUGGUGGCCUCUGCACAUCCUCCCAGCCCCCGCGGGGACACCCGCGCUCCUCCACACACUCUCACACACACAGCCACGAGCAAACAUAGCUCACAUACCCCCAGCUCUAGCUCUAGCAGCCCCGACUCCUGCAGCCUCCUUUGUGGGUGAGGAAGAACUCAGCCAACCUUGGAUGGAGACCCGGUGAAGCCAAGAGGUCAGAGAUGAAAGGGUCUGGCCUGGCAUGACCCUCGCCAGCUCCUUCACUUGGCUGGGUGAUGUCCCCCGGCCCAGAUCCUGGGGCCCCUUGGCAAUACCAUGGAGCAACUGACACCCCUCCCACAGCGGGGGAACCCCAGAACCAUGGAGCCAUGGGCACUAUCUGCCGGGCCAAGCUGGACUCCAGGCCAGGGGGGCGAAUCUGGAGGCUCAUCCCCAAGCAUUGCCGAUACUCCAGCAGUUCUGCAGGUAGGAGAAGUAGGGCCUUUGGAGAGCUCCGAGCCUGAGGGAGCCCAGAGCCCUGGGCCUGUGGGGGACAUUGACCCUGAAGGAACAGAAACUGGGCUGCCCAGCCCAGGGAAGCAAGCAGCGAGCUCAGGACCCAGCUGCCCAGGGCUGGAGGACGAGCAGGUGGAGGCUUUCAGUAAGGGCAAGCUGAACAUGGGCUUUGGGGACAGGCCCAAUCUGGAGCUGCUGAGGGCCUUGGGGGAGCUGCAGCAGCGCUGUGCCAUCCUUAAGGAGGAAAACCAGAUGCUGAGGAAGAGCAGCUUCCCAGAGACAGAGGAGAAGGUGCGGAGGCUGAAGCGGAAGAAUGCCGAGCUGGCGGUCAUUGCCAAGCGCCUGGAGGAGAGGGCCCAGAAGCUGCAGGAGACUAACCUGAAGGUGGUGAGAACUGGAGUCUCCUGGUUGAGUGCUUGCCGUGCCCGUCCAGGGACCAGAUUGGAGUUGUGCCAGAAGGCCCUGGCCCGCCAGCGAGCCCGGGACCUCAGUGGAGACAGCAGCGCCCUGCUGGCCAAGGACAAGCAGAUCGCUGCCUUGCCGGAGUGCAGGGAGUUGCAGGCCAGGCUCACCCUGGCGGGCAAGGAGGGUUCCCAGUGGCUCACGUGCGGGGACUUCGAACGGCUGCUGCGGCGAGUCCCAGCGGGAGGUACUCGGCUGCAGCGGCAGAUUGCCCUGCGCAAACAGCAGGAUCCGUCCCCGCCCCCGGGCCCUCAGGCCCCACUGCCGCGGUCAGAGUGGGGCAUCCGCCCCGGGAUCCCCGGAGAGGCCACGCCCCAGAAGGAUGUGGAAAACCCACGUGUGGUCCUAGGGGAGCCAGAGAAACAACAGAGGGUGCAGCAGCUGGAAUCAGAGCUUAGUAAGAAGCGGAAGAAAUGCGAGAGCCUGGAACAGGAAGCCCGAAAAAAGCAGAGGCGAUGUGAGGAGUUGGAACUGCAGCUGAGAGAAGCCCAGAAUGAGAAUGCCCGCCUGGUGGAGGAGAACUCUCGGCUCAAUGGGAGAGCCACAGAGAAGGAGCAGGUGGAGUGGGAGAAUGCAGAGCUGAGAGGCCAGCUCCUGGGUUUGACGCAGGAGAGGGACUUGGCCCUUUGCAAGAGCCAGGGCCUGCAGAGCAAACUGGAGAGCCUGGAGCAGGUGUUGAAGCACAUGCGGGAGGUGGCCCAGCGGCGGCAGCAGCUGGAGGUGGAGCAUGAGCAGGCUCGGCUCAGCCUGCAGGAGAAGCAGGAGGAGGUCCGGAGGCUGCAGCAGGCCCAGGCAGAAGCCAGGAGGGAACAUGAAGGAGCCGUACAGCUGCUGGAGUCUACCCUGGAUUCCAUGCAGGUCCGGGUUCGAGAGCUUGAGGAGCAGUGCCGCAGCCAGACAGAACGCUUCAGCCUCUUGGCGCAGGAACUCCAGGCCUUCCGCCUACACCCUGGCCCCUUGGAUCUGCUCACCUCAGCCCUGGGCUGCAGUAUCCUCGGGGACCGCCCACCACCUCCCUGCUGCUGCUCUAUCCCCCAGCCCUGCCGGGGGUCUGGCCCCAAAGACCUUGACCUCCCGCCAGGCUCCCCAGGGCACUGCACUUCAAAGUCUUCUGAGCCUGCCCCUGCCAUCCUUGCUGGGGUCCCUCGAAGGAUGGCCAAGAAGGCAGAGUCUCUCUCCAACUCCUCUCACUCUGAGUCUGUCCACAACAGCCCCAAGUCAUGCCCUACGCCUGAGGUGGAUACAGCCAGUGAGGUGGAGGAACUGGAGCCAGACAGCGUCUCCCUGCUCCCGGCAGUGCCGGAGGGCACGGGAGGAGCCAGGAUCCAGGUCUUCCUAGCACGCUAUAGCUACAAUCCCUUCGAGGGCCCCAAUGAGAAUCCAGAGGCAGAGCUUCCACUUACUGCUGGCGAGUAUAUCUACAUCUAUGGCAACAUGGAUGAGGACGGCUUUUUUGAAGGGGAGCUCAUGGAUGGCCGAAGGGGCCUGGUCCCUUCCAAUUUUGUAGAGCGUGUGUCCGACGACGACCUCCUGACCUCCCUCCAUUCGGAGAUGGCUGAUUUGUCCCACAGUUCAGGCCCUGAACUCAGUUUCCUGAGCGGAGGUGGGGGUGGCAGCAGUAGUGGGGGCCAGAGCAGCGGGGGACGCAGCCAGCCCAGAUCGAAGGAAGAGGCUGCAGGGGAUGAGCUCAGUCUGAGCCCCCCACCGGAGGGCCUGGGCGACCCCCCUGCUGUGCCUUACCCCCGCCAUCUGGCCAUCCUCAAGCAGCUGGCCCACAGCGUGGUGCUGGCUUGGGAGGCACCUCCUGAGCAAGUGGAGCUACGUGGCUACCAUAUCUGCGUGAAUGGGGAGCUGCGUCAGGCCCUGGGACCUGGGGCACCCUCCAAGGCUGUGCUUGAGAACCUGGACCUGCGGGCCGGGCCCCUCCAUGUUUCUGUGCAGGCCCUGACCAGCCGGGGCAGCUCUGACCCUCUGCGCUGUUGCUUGGCGGUGGGUUCCCGGGCCGGAGUGGUACCUAGCCAGCUGCGGGUCCAUCGACUGACAGCCACAUCUGCUGACAUCACCUGGGUGCCCAGCAAUAGCAACUUGGCCCAUGCCAUCUACCUCAAUGGGGAAGAGUCCCCUGCCCUCCCCAGCACCUACUGGGCCACUUUCUGCCACCUGCGGCCUGGUACACUCUAUCAGGCACGAGUGGAGGCUCAGCUCCCACCUGGAGGGCCCUUGGAACCAGGCUGGGAGAGGCCAGAGCAUCGGGGUACCCUGCAGUUCACCACACUCCCAGCAGGCCCACCUGAUGCCCCCCUGGAUGUGCAGAUUGAGCCGGGGCCCUCCCUGGAAUCUUUGGUCAUCAGCUGGCUCCCAGUAAACAAUUGAUGCUGCCGGCACGUCCACGGUGUCCGGGUCACAGGCUAUGCCAUUUAUGCAGACGGGCAGAAGAUCAUGGAGGUGGCCUCCCCCACAGCAGGGGCGUGCUGGUUGGAGUUGUCACAGCUGCAGCUGCUGCAGGUGUGCAGCGAGGUGGCCGUGCGCACCAUGUCACCCCAUGGCGAGUCGGCCGACUCCAUUCCGGCUCCUGUCGCCCCAGCCCUGACUGCAGCCUUCCUGCCAGCCAGGGUGUCCUGCCCCUCACCACGACCAGGCUCAGAGCCAGACCACCCCUUCUCAGCCACGCCAGGGCCUGGAGACCCCAGCUCCCCUCUCCACCGCCCUGAGCCCCAUAGAACUCGAGAGCCCCCCGGGGACCCCCCAGCAAGCCCACCCAGAGAGACACCAAAAGGAUCCCAAGAGGAGCCCCCAACACCUUGCUCCCAGGAGGAAGCUGGGGCAGUUGUGCUGGGCACCUCAGAAGAUAGGCGGGCCAGCGAGCCAACUGUGAGUGAGAGAGCUCCUGGCCCUGCAGCUUCCUCACUGGCCCAGGAGGAGGCCGAGUGGACCAUGGGAGAGGCCAGCCCGGCACCCUGCUCCACGCAGGGAGCUCUGGCCCCGAAGGUGCCCUGUGCUGAGGCCAGCCUUGGAGGAGACAUGGGGUCUGGGCUGAGGCCCAGGGCUGAGAAGGACACGGCAGAGCUCGGGGUCCGUCCAGUGAGCUCCCUUGUGGACCAUGGCCGCAACUCAGAUCUGUCAGACAUCCAGGAGGAGGAAGAGGAGGAGGAAGAAGAAGAGGAGCUGGGUUCCAGGACUUGCUCUUUCCAGAAGCAGGUUGCUGGCAAGAGCAUCAGGGAGAAUGGGAUCAAGCCCCCACACCAGCCCGAGCCCUUCUGUGAGACUGACAGCGACGAGGAGAUUUUGGAGCCGAUCUUGGAGCUGCCCCUCCAGCAGUUCUGCAGCAAGAAGCUCUUUAGCAUCCCCGAGGAGGAGGAAGAGGAGGACGAGGAGGACGAGGAGAGGCCAGGGGCAGGAUCUUCUUCCCGAGACCCCAGCCCGCCUGAGCCUUUGUUGCCUGGGCUGGACUGUGACAGCACUCAACCCCAAGGACCUGGCCCAUGUCCCUUGUCUCCUGAGCCCUCCAGUGCCGGAGACAACCUGGAGGACACAGCCGGACUAGUUGGUGGAAGCAGCUGGAGGAGAGGAAGUGGCUCUACCGAGAAACCCCCAAACCGCAAGCGGUCCCCAGAUCCCCGUGAACACUGUAGCCGCCUUCUCAGUAACGGCGGGACCCAGGCCUCUGGACGACCAGGCCCCACGGAGAGGGGCGGCUCCACUGCGGGCGAGGGCACCAGGGGUGGACCAGAGGCUGGUGGGAGAGGGGGUCUGGCCCCCUCACAGAGGUGCCCACGUGGCCGGACCCCAGAAUCUGGCCUGGCCAGCUGCCUCUCCCCCAAGUGCUUGGAAAUCAGCAUCGAAUAUGAUUCUGAGGAUGAACAGGAGGCGGGCGGCGGGGGCAUCGACAUCACUAGCUCCUGCCACCUCGGAGAUGGGGAGGCCUGGGGCACAGCACCCAUAGGAAGGUCCAAGGGGGCUGUGAAGGCGAAUUCAGGCCCCAACCCCUACCCACGCCUCCCGGCCUGGGAGAAAGGGGAGCCAGAACGGAGAGGCCGCAGUGCGACUGGCAGAACCAAGGAGCCAGCCUCCCGGGCACCAGAGAUUGGGGAGCCCAGAGGGCAGGACAGCUCUGGGCGGAGGGGCCCCCUGCGGAGAGGGGGCCGGCCCCCCAGGCCAGGCACCACUGAGUUGGUCCCGCCGAGGAGCUCCCCAGAGGUGCUGGCUUCCCAGGACCUACCUGUCAGGGUGUUUGUGGCUCUGUUUGACUAUGAUCCUGUGUCCAUGUCGCCUAACCCUGAUGCCGGGGAAGAGGAGCUCCCCUUCCGGGAGGGCCAGAUCCUGAAGGUGUUUGGGGACAAGGAUGCCGAUGGCUUCUACCGGGGUGAAGGUGGGGGCCGGACGGGCUACAUCCCCUGCAACAUGGUGGCGGAGGUGGCGGUGGACAGUCCGGCAGGGAGGCAGCAGCUGUUCCAGUGGGGUCAUUUGUCCUCAGAUGCUCUCCUUGAGGGCUCAGCCCGCACAACUGGGCCUCCCCCCAAGCCCCGCCGGUCCAAGAAAGCUGAGUCAGAAGGUCCUGCCCGGCCUUGUGCAGGCCCCCCCAAGCCAGUCUCCUCUGCCAGCCUGAGAGCUCCCCGCUCCAUGGUGGCUGCAUUUGACUACAACCCUCGGGAGAGCUCCCCCAACAUGGAUGUGGAGGCAGAGCUGCCCUUCCGAGCAGGGGACGUCAUUACUGUGUUUGGGGGCAUGGAUGAUGAUGGCUUCUACUAUGGGGAACUGAAUGGACAAAGGGGCCUGGUUCCAUCCAACUUCCUGGAGGGCCCUGGACCUGAGGUGGGCAGCUCAGACAGGGAGCCUGGGACACCCCAGGCCGAGAGUCAGAGAAUGAGGAGGAGAAGAGUCCAGUGCUAGAUGGAGAUAGAUAUAUGUAGAGAGAGCAACAUGACUGGGCCGGCUCAGUACAUGGGCCCCCAGUGCUGUCAGGCUGGCCCUGUGCCCCUGGGCCUGGCAGCUUCCCUAGGAUGCAGCUGGGGGGGCCACAGGGCACAGGUGAGAAGGUGCGAGGUCUCUUCUCCAAGGGGAAGCAGCUCCUCAGGAAACUGGGCUCUGGGAAGAAGGAGUGACGCUGUGGCCCAUCCUGCAGGAAGAAGUGGCCCCCCGAGGCCCCCAGAGCACUGUCCUGGCUUGGGGGAGAUGGGGGAAGGCCCUGGACUUCUGUUCUUCUUUGUUAACACUGUGGCAAUUGGAAGGGAAUCAGAGACUCGGUGAAGGUCAGAGCUAUAUGAGUCUUGAGGAUGAAUUCUCUGGAUAGGCACCUUUUUCUUAUAGGCGGGAAAACAGCCCCAGAGAGAAAGUAACUCUGCCAAGGUGGCUGAGCACCACCUCAGUCACAGAGCCAGAACUAGACCUGGGACUCUUGACUUCUAGUCCACUCACCUAGGCCUGGUUUCCCACCAUGCUGUACUAGUCCCUUCUCUGGCCCUCACCGCUCCCAGGACUCGGGACCCCAGGGGGAGAAAGGGGCCUGGUCCCUGUGAUGGCGGUCCUGUUCAUGUCUUCCCUCCCUUGAAGGAAAGUUUGCACUGGAUUGUCCCCAGCCCCCUCCGCACGGGGAGGCUGCGGAGCCAUGUAUAUAUGUACAUACUCAGUGCCUCAGUCAGCUUCCUCCAUCUCACUUCCACUGCACAGGCCCAGGAAGGAGAAAGGCCAUGCCAAAGCGGGCCUAACCCUGCCCCCAGAGUGCUCCACCGCUCCCUGCCAGCCCAGCCUCUGGCCCCCGGUGUGUCCCCAACCCCAAAGACCCCGGGGGGCCAGCAGGCAGAAAGCAGGAGUUGGGUUUGCCUUAUUUUGAUCAUCGGAUUCAAUUUCUCUUUUGCAUCGUUUUCCUCUGGCCCCUGUGGGAGUCCAGGGCUAGGGAAAAGGACAGAUUUAUGCAGCUAUUUUCAUACAUUCCCUGUUCAGAGUGGGGGAGGGGCUCUCCACCCGUACCCUAAGCACCCAUCCCCACCCUCCUGCUGGGUGAGUGUCUGCAUGUUUCCUCUGCUGUGGUGGGAGAUUGUUUGAACCCCUACUCCCACCUUGGUUUCCAGGGGUGAGGAAUGGUGGGGGCAUUUGUUUAAAAAGACAUUUUAUUAUAAUAAAGUCUAUUUUCACAAAACCCA